GGCGUUCCCCCUGCACUCAGGCUGUACACUCCCUCAGAGCUGUGUGUGUGCGGUUGCUUCUUCUUCUUCUUUUUUGAACAGAGCUGUUCCCUGUGCGGUCUUUGCGUUAUCAGAGGACUCUUCACCACAGUCAAAAUGGUGAAAUAUGAAGUGAUUGUGUACACUGGCAAUCUUGCGGGUGCUGCCACUAUGAACCAAGUCUUUAUUAAACUCGUGGGCACAGAGGGGGAGAGUAAAAAAACCUGGCUUGCCAGCUUGAAAGGAGUUACGGAUGUCAUCAGAGGAGCAGCACCAGGGUUUAAUGUGUCCUGCCCAGUCUCCAUUGGAAAGCUGGUAGUGAUUGAGUUAGAAAAACAUCGUCUCCCGCUGAUGCCAGAAGAUUCGUGGUUCCCCGCGAAGGUGGAAAUCAAAUCCCCCGAGGGAGACACCUACAUUUUCCCCAUCUAUCGCUGGAUCGCUGACAGCAAGGUGCAGCGCUUCAGAGAGGCAACAGCUCUCACAGUCCUCGAAGACACUCACCAUCUUGGCAGGUACAGCCGGCAGCAGGAGCUUAAAGAGCGAGAGGACGACUAUCGGUGGGAUUCAUAUGCUGAGGGUCUUCCCCACAUCAUGAAGACAGAAGGCCCCAAUUCGCUGCCUUGUGAGGUUCGCUUUUCCUUCACCAAGACAACAGAGUUUUUCUACACGGCAUCCACAGGACUGACAGAGCUGAAACUGAAGGGACUGGUAAGCUUCAAGAAGACGUGGAGCAACAUAGAUGAUAUCAAUCGGGUGUUUUGCAACAAAAAGACCAAAAUAUCAGAAUACGUCAAAGAACACUGGACUGAAGACGCUUUUUUUGGCUACCAAUUUCUCAAUGGCGUCAACCCCAUGUUGAUCCGACGAUGUGAAGCCCUGCCCAGUAAUUUUCCUGUCACUGAUGACAUGGUCUUCCUUUCCGGUCAGUGCGGUUUGGAAGAUGAAAUGAAGAAUGGAAACAUAUUCCUGUGUGACUACAAACAACUGGACGGACUGCAGCCAAACAUCAUCAAUGGGAAGAAGCAGUUCUUGAUGGCUCCUCUGGUUCUGCUCCACAAGACUCCUGAUGAUAAGCUGAAGCCAAUUGCAAUCCAGCUAAAGCAGACUCCAGCAGAUGACAACCCAAUCUUUUUUCCCACUGAUUCAGAGUACGACUGGCUGAUGGCAAAGAUUUUCGUGAGAAGUGCAGAUUUCAAUGAGCACCAGCUCAAUGUUCACCUUCUGCGUACUCACCUGCUGGCAGAAGUGUUUGCAGUGUCGCUGCUGCGCAACAUGCCCAUGGUGCAUCCUCUGUACAAGCUGCUUGUACCUCACACUCGCUACACGCUACAGAUCAACCACUUGGCUCGACUUCUUCUGAUAUCCAAGAAUGGAAUUUUCACUCAGUUUGCAGCUGCUGGUGGAGAUGGAAUGCUCACCCUCCUGAAGAAAUAUCUAUCCUCCAUGACCUACACUUCUCUCUGUAUACCGGAAGACAUUGCUGAGCGAGGACUGGAGAGCAUCCCAAACUUCUACUACAGAGAUGAUGGACUCAAAUUUUGGGACAUUGUUCAGAGGUUUGUGCAGGGGAUACUUGGCCACUACUAUAAGGAUGAUUGUGCAGUUGAGCAGGACUCUGAGCUGCAGAGGUGGAUUUCUGACAUUUUUGAACAUGGAUUCCUUUCCAACGAAUGCACAGGAAUCCCGAAGAGCUUAACCUCUGUGGCGGAGCUGGUCAAGUUUGUAACCAUGGUGAUCUUCACUUGCUCGGGUCAGCACUCAGCUGUAAACACCGGACAGUAUGACUACGGUGGCUGGAUGCCCAACACGCCCAUCUCCCUGCAACGUCCGCCACCCACCAAAAAGGGGACAGCGAGCAAGGAGACCAUGCUGCAGACGUUUCCUGACGUCAACACGACCGUGCAGGGCAUGUCCACCAUGUGGCUGCUCAGCAAGCAGUCCAGCGACUUUGUGGCUUUCGGGCAGUACCCAGAGGACCACUUCUGCGAGGAGAUUCCCCGCAAGCUGAUCAGGGACUUUCAAGGAGAGCUGGAAGUGUUGAGUGCUGUCAUCAAGAGCCGAAACAAGGGUUUGGAAGUGCCGUACACGUACAUGGAUCCAGCAGAGGUGGAAAACAGCGUGGCCAUUUGAAUCAGAGAGGUGAAGGCAAGUUUGUCUUCAGGAGCAAGAGGAACAACUCAACACUUCCAUUUGAACUUAUAUGGUGUAACGGUUGUUAAUUAUUCAUAUCAUGCUGAGCCACAUCAUUAGCCUAAUCAUCUCAGUUAAUCCAUAAAUAUAUUUGAUUCAGGAGAACUCAGUGUAAAACGCAACAUGUGAAGCUGGUGCUUUGAAAAACAAUUUGGAAUUAAAUUUGAUGGAGCUUUGGUUCAUCAUCUCCAGACAGCUAUACUAUUUUGUGUGUGUGUGUGUGUGUGUGUGUGUGUGUGUGUGUGUGUGUGUGUGUGUGUGUGUGUGUGUGUGUGUGUGUGUGUGUGAGAGCUAUUUGUUUUUGAACUGAAUCUUGUUUGAACAGAGUCACAUUUUCUUUUUGUGUAUUUUUUAUUUUUUUGGUGUAAAUAAUAUGAGUAGAGCUCCAUGGGUAAUGUCUGGAAAAAAAAAAAAACAAAAAACGUGGAUAUCCCUCUUGGAUGAAAAUAAUAUCAGACAAUUGUUUGUGUUUUACA